GCUGUCGUGACUUCUUGACAUCGGCUGCCGUGGUUCAUGCAGGCGACGCUCAGUGUUGUCGCUCUCAAACCAUUCAUUAGGGCUCUGACAUGUCUGUCAAGAUAUGGCGACGAUGUUGUCAUAUGUGCAAACCCGGAGCACCUCACUUUGAGCGCGACUAAUUCCUCACUCUCUGCAUAUUGUCACUUCCAGUACGGGCGCAGGUUCUUUUCCAGAUAUAAAUUCAGAGAUGGCGUGGCACAAGACGGUGUUCAGGACGUCAAAGGACAGUUACUCGCUAAGACGUUUCUUUCCAUACUUAAACACAAAAUGACGGAGAAGACGGUGGAACGCUGCGAAUUCACACUCGUUGAAGCAACGGAUCUAUACGACCAGGAUGAGCCAGACGAGGACCAGGACACAUUAGAGAGCAGAUUGAUCAUUCGACUGCACUGUAAACAUGGCAUCGUCAAGACUCACCGACUGACUCUCUUGAUCCCUACAUCAUCGCUUUCACCAGGUAUCCAAGACCCUUUUAGUGUAUCCCGUCUUACAAUAGGUCCACGUGCAAUAAAAGACAUAACGGAGCAUUUCCCGAAUGCUCGAGGGGCGAAAAGUGAUCCUCGACUUAUAUGGACCUUUGGAGACACGGAGGUUGAGGUUAAGACCCUCGAGUCUUCUAUCGACACUAGAGGCAAAGCUCAACUAUCAACAGAGCUGAACAUCAGCGCGGAUGAGUUCGAUGUCUAUGAUGUCUAUGCAUCUCCAACUACCAUCGCUUUCCACUUGCGCGAGUUCAAUGCCACAAUUGCUUUUGCGGAAUCUAUGGGUCUCUGCCUAGAUUUACGCUUCACGGUUCCUGCGGCCCCUCUCUUUAUCGACGUCGAUGGCGACGAGUCAGAAUGUCGCUUUGUCAUAUCUACCUCGCAAAACGGCGGUUCAGCUGCACCCGCUCCCUCAAACUCUGCUCAACUCAACGCACGCAAGCGUCCUUCUCCGAGCGACGAAGGCGAGGGCAGUUCGAGACAGCGAAGCGAAACACCCAGGAUAAUGAAACCAAUGAAAGCCGUGCAGCGUAUGGAUGUCCAUACACCUUCUGCUUCAAAAGCCCGAAGCGACGCACGAUCAAUGCCUCCACCCUCAUAUAUUCCUCAGCACACGCCGGGCUCUGAACAAAAUCAAGGGCCGCCUCUUCCCUCACCGUCUUGGAAUCUCCCACCAGAUCUAUCCCGUGAAAUUCCUGUGGAACCCGAGCCUCUUUUCUACCCUCAGUUUUCUCAAUUGUUAUCGGAUGGACCAAGCGGGAGUCCUGAAGUGGGACGAGCUAAACCACAGGAUCGAACCCCGUUAUUUUAUCCUCUUUCACAACUCUCUCAGGCAGACAAGGAAGUGAUACGCGCAUCUGGUCUGGGCAUCGAGAACAUGAGCCAGAAUGAACUAAAGGAAAUGCUCGAGGGAGAAGGCGAAGAAGUUGACUUUGAGUUUGCGGCGUCUCAGAAUCUUAUCAACGUCGAAGAUGGGGAUUCAGCUAUACUUUCCGCUUAUGAUGAUCCAGAAAGCUUGGAACUCGUUGAAGAUACUGGCACCGAGUUUGGGCCAACGCAAGACAACGUUGGAGGCAGGAAGAAGGCGUUUCGGCCUCUGUUCGAAGACUGAUCUGGACGUACAUAACAUAAACACCAUGCCAGGAUUUUGUAACUUGUUCAUUACGUUCAUCCUCUGCUAUGACUUUUAAGUAGUAGUACACUUACGUAACCAAUAAGCUAUGUAACAGGGGAACCGAACGUAAUUGCGAAAGUUUUAUCAGUGCC